AAUAUUUUUGCAUAAUUCUGCAAAUACAGUCGCACUCUGAACUCCUUCAUAAGAAUAGACAGUCUAAAAAAAGUCGACUAUAUCUUAAUAUAGAAAUAAAAAUACUGUAGUUUGAAGCAAUUCAAACAGUCCAAAGACAAAAAAUAAAUGAAAAAAUCGUUUUAAUUUAUUUUAUAAUAUUAAUUGUUGUGUUUUUAUGUAAAUGUAAUUGGUUAAACAACUGUGAGUCGUAAAGUGUAAACUUAAGUGGUUUUCAGCAUUUUAAAUGCAUUUGCAAAAUAUAAAAGAAACUGCUGACGGUGUUAGUUUCAUUGCAAAUGAAAUGCAUGUAUUAUAUACAACGCUUAUAUGUAUAAUAACAUACAUUUGAAUAGAUAUUUGUGCAAGUAUGUAUGUAUGAACAUACAGAUUGGCAUAAGCAAUAAAUUACAUUGAUUGUACAAUCGCAUUUAACUUAUCAUCAUAACACCACAUGUCACCUACGACUUACAUACAUAUGUACAUACAUGUGAAUAGCAGGAAAAUAACUAUAAAUUGUACGCAAAUACCACCAAAUGCUGGUAUUGUGUAACAAUGAAGUUAUCUUAUUUUAUGAUAUCAGCCAUACACAUACAUAUAUACAUAUAUGUACAUAAGCACUUCUGCAACGCUAUCUAAACUUUCCACUAGUCUGCUAAUACCUUACUAUCUACAAACAUUUGAUUAAAUUUCAGCAAAUACUGAGAUUCGUGUUAUGAAUGUGCAUAGUGUUAGUUGAUAAGUGAACGUAGAAGAAGGAAUUAGUCUCAGCCAUUGCAACAUGCAGUCCAUAAAGGCCGACGAAUUGCCGGAAAAUCCGCGCGUUCGCGCUAAUCCGUUAUCCGCGCUUUUAUUAUGCUUUACUAUACCGAUCUUUUUUAAGGGACGUAAAAAAACUCUUGACGAAAGAGAUCUCUACAAAGCACUGAAUGAACACAAAUCAGAAACGCUUGGUAUUAAAUUAAAUGCAGCUUGGGAAGAGGAGAUUGCGAAGAAGCGCCUUAAAAACAAAGAACCCAACUUGCUUUUAGCUGUCAUACGCGUAUUUGGAUUGCAAUUCUUAGCUUUAGGAUUACUACUAUUUUCAUUGGAAAUAGGACUUCGCGUCACACAACCACUAUUUCUCGGUGGUUUAGUUAAUUACUAUGCGAAUCCCACGAAUAAAGAUGAUAAAUACACCGCAUAUAUCUACGCCAUGGGUGUGAUACUCUGCAACGCCAUAAAUGUUCUCUUUCGGCAUCCCUAUAUGUUGGGCAUACAACACAUUGGCAUGAAGGUGCGUCUCGCCAUGUGUAAUCUGAUUUAUAGGAAGGCGCUGCGUUUGAACAGAACUGCGCUGGGCGGUACCACAACGGGUCAAGUAGUUAACCUGAUAUCUAACGAUGUUGGUCGCUUGGACACGUCCAUCAUGCACAUACACGUGUUAUGGGUGGGACCUAUAGAGAUUGCCGUUGUAGCCGUGCUGAUGUACAGAGAGAUCGGCGUCGCCUCGCUUUUCGGUGUCGCAGCUAUGUUGUUAUUCAUACCGCUGCAAGCCUUUCUCGGCAAAAUGACGUCGAAGCUGCGUUUGCGCACAGCCUUGCGGACCGAUGAGCGUGUGCGCAUGAUGAACGAGAUUGUUUCGGGCAUACAGGUGAUCAAAAUGUAUGCGUGGGAGAAACCCUUCGGCAAAAUGAUACAGUUUGUACGUCGCAAGGAAAUGAGAGCCAUUCGUAACGUCAACUACAUACGAGGUAUUUUGCAAUCGUUCGCUUUGUAUAUGACGCGUGUAUCCGUUUUCGUCAGCCUGGUGGGCUAUGUGCUUUUGGGAAAUUUUCUCACCGCCGAAAAAGCCUUCGUUAUCACUGCCUUUUACAGCAUUUUGCGUAACACAAUGGUUGUGGCCUUUCCAAAUGGUAUUCAACAAAUCUCAGAAACGCUUGUAUCUAUGAAGCGUAUAAAAGAUUAUUUAUUAUACAAAGAAAUUGGCGAUAACUCGAGAAUUUCGGCAAAUGGUUGUAAUAAAACUAAAAAAUCAGACGACCUGAAUGGCAACGUGAAGUUAACGAAUCAAUUAACGCCGAAGCGAGCGCAAGAAGAAGCUGGCAUUGAAAUACGUGAUCUGAAAGCUAGAUGGGAUCCCACAGCAGUCGAGUAUACGCUGAAUAAUGUGAACUUGAAUGUGAAGCCACGCACACUAGUGGCGGUCAUUGGACCGGUGGGUUCCGGAAAGUCAAGUUUAAUACAAGCUAUUCUUGGCGAACUGUCUGCUGAGUCGGGUUCCAUUGCCGUACACGGAACCUACUCGUACGCCUCUCAGGAACCGUGGUUGUUCACUGGCACCAUCCGACAGAACAUACUUUUCGGUUUACCAAUGGACAGACAUCGUUAUCGCACUGUGGUGAAAAAGUGCGCGUUGGAACGCGAUUUCGAGCUGCUGCCUCAUGGCGACAAAACGAUAGUGGGUGAACGCGGCGCCUCGCUUUCCGGUGGGCAAAAGGCUCGCAUUAGUUUAGCGCGCGCAGUCUACCGCAAAGCCGACGUUUACUUGUUAGAUGAUCCGCUAAGCGCUGUGGACACACACGUCGGUCGCCAUCUCUUCGACCAGUGUAUGCGUGGUUUCCUACGAGAUGAAAUUGUCCUGUUAGUUACGCAUCAGUUGCAAUUCUUGGAGCACGCUGACCUCAUUGUUAUAAUGGAUAAGGGCAAAGUCAAUGCUGUGGGCACCUAUGAGUCGAUGCGCAGUAGUGGUUUGGAUUUUGCGAAUUUACUGACAGCGCCAGAAGAGAGUAGUAAGCAUGAUGAUGACAGCGGUGCGGAAGUGAAGAGCAAGUCAUCUCAAGUUAUUAUGAAUCGACAGAACAGCACUGUGACGAUGAACUCAAUGGACGAGUCGAUAGCAGACUCGUUGAUCGAUGAAGAAGCUGACUCGCCACUACAAGUACAGGAGAAGCGUGAGAUGGGCAAAAUUGGUUGGGGACUAUAUAAAAAGUAUUUCGGUGUCAGUGGCGGGUAUAUGCUUUUCUUUAUAACAGCGUUUUUUUGUGUAGGCGCCCAGAUAUUGGGGUCUACUGGCGACUUCUACGUCUCGCUUUGGGUUAAUAAAAAUGAGCAACAACUAGUUAGUCAAGCGCGUGAAUUCGAUAUAAAUGUUACUAAUGCCACAGAUGCGCGCGAUACACGACUGAAUAGUAAUACUGAUCCAAUGGAUAUUUAUAUAUUCUUUAGCAUUAUUUUGGCCAUUAUCGUGUUUGCGAUCGGACGGAGUUUGCUCUUCAAUACCAUGACGAUGCUUUCCUCAACGGAGUUGCACAAUGCAAUGUACCGUGGCAUCACACGUGCGGCAAUGUACUUCUUCCACACAAACCCCUCUGGUCGCAUACUAAAUCGUUUCGCAAAGGAUUUGGGGCAAGUCGAUGAGUUGCUGCCGUGGGUCAUGAUGGAUGUCAUACAGAAUUUUUUGAGCUUGUUUGGCAUUGUCAUUGUAAUUACCAUUGUGAAUCCAAUGAAUCUCCUGGUGACGGGUGUACUGGCGCUCAUUUUCUAUUUAAUGCGCUCAUUUUACUUAACCACGUCGCGUGAUGUGAAACGUCUUGAAGCAGUUACACGUUCGCCAAUAUAUUCACACUUGAGCGCCUCCCUAAACGGUCUACCGACGAUACGCGCUUUCAACGCUGAGCAGAUGCUGAUAAAUGAAUUUGACAAUUACCAAGAUUUGCACAGUUCCGGCUAUUAUAUGUUUUUGAUAACAAAUCGGGCAUUUGGUUACUGGCUCGACUGUUUCUGUGCACUCUACAUAACUGUUACUAUUUUGAGCUUUUUAGUUUCCUCACCUGACAAUGGAGGCGAUGUCGGCUUGGCAGUGACUCAAGCCAUGGGCUUAACAGGUAUGGUGCAAUGGGGUAUGCGACAGUCUGCUGAGCUCGAGAAUAGCAUGACGAGUGUAGAACGUUUGAUAGAGUAUGAAGAAAUUGAACCUGAAGGUGAACUAGAAAGUAAACCCAACAAAAAACCACCGAAAACAUGGCCCGAACAGGGUAAAAUAGUAUUUGAUGAGCUUAGUCUUCGCUAUUUUCCCGAUCCGAAAUCGGAUCGUGUGUUGAAAUCGUUAAACUUCGAAAUACAACCCUCAGAGAAGGUGGGUAUUGUAGGACGCACAGGUGCAGGUAAAUCUUCGCUCAUCAAUGCACUAUUUCGGCUGUCUUACAAUGAAGGCUCCAUCAAUAUUGACACAAGAAAUAUUGAGGAGUUGGGCUUGCAUGAUUUGCGCAGUAAAAUCUCAAUUAUACCACAAGAACCGGUGCUCUUCUCGGGCACAAUGCGUUACAAUUUGGAUCCCUUCGACGAAUACUCCGAUGCCAAGUUGUGGGGUGUGCUUGAGGAAGUGGAACUGAAAAAUGCUGUAGCCGAACUCCCGAGUGGUUUACAGAGUAAAAUCUCAGAGGGUGGUAGUAAUUUCAGUGUCGGUCAACGGCAGUUGGUUUGUCUGGCACGUGCAAUACUGCGUGAAAAUAAAAUUCUUGUGCUGGACGAGGCAACGGCAAAUGUGGAUCCACAGACUGAUGCACUCAUACAAUUGACAAUACGAAAUAAAUUCAAAUAUUGCACGGUUCUCACAAUUGCUCAUCGUUUGCACACUGUAAUGGACUCGGAUAAGGUGCUGGUAAUGGACGCUGGACGAGCUGUGGAAUUCGACGCACCGUAUAAAUUGUUGACGGAAAGUGAAUCUAAAGUAUUCUAUGACAUGGUCAAGCAAACAGGCAAUAGUUCAUUCGAUAAUCUACUUAUGGUGGCACGAAAGGCUUAUGAGCAGAAUCCGCGCUUGAAAGAUAAAACUGCACAGAAGUACAAGUGUUUACUCAGAAAUGUUUCCAUAUUAUAAUAAAUAAGAUACUAGUUUAACUUCUAUCAUUUGUAACUAGAAGUUGCGCAUUUAAUUUGCCAUUCAUUAGAUAACAUGAAAAGUGCUUAUGCCAAAAAUAUAUAUAAUUCAUAGCAUUUGAUGGCAAUCAAAAAGAAGAUUAUUCUACUAACAUUGGACAAUAAAUAAUGUAAACGUGCUAUGCCAGCGCUUAAUGGAUUUUACAAUAAUUAGUAAUUUUAAGAAAAAUGUAUUUUCAAUAUAGAAAGCUUCCGAAUGUGUCUUGGGAAGAUUAAAAUCCAUAGUGUUCUGUAUUAAGGAAAGCUUUAAAUAUGUACUUUUAUAUUUUUGAGAGACUUACAAAUCUACUCACUUACUUAGAGGCAUUUACAAACAUAAAUAAUAAUAAAUUGAUAUGUGCAAUUUCAGCACAAAUAAACAUUAGUUAUAAAUUAGUUUAGAAAAAUUUAAUAAAAUCAACUUAAUAAUAAAAAAUAAAAUAAAUAUGA